CUCUUUUCCAAUCAGCUUUCAGCUUCGUCUCGCCGGAGCGCGCGAGGGCGAACACCAGAGCAAUUUUCUCAAACAGGCUGCUCUCUGCUGUACUGUUGCGCUAUAACUAUGGCCGGGGCCAGCAAGAAGCAGCGCCUAAGUCACUGUAGCACUGGCUCUAAUACGUUAAGCAGUAUCUUCAUAGGCAGUCAGCGCGAUGCAGCCGGAGGAGAGGGUCCAUUUGUUGAGGGCUCCAUACUCCGCAUCACCAUGAAAAACUUCCUGACCUAUGACUACUCUGAAGUGCACCCUGGACCUAAUCUGAACAUGAUUGUUGGAGCCAAUGGAACUGGCAAAUCCAGUAUUGUUUGUGCCAUCUGCCUGGGUCUGGCUGGGAAGACCGCCAUCCUGGGCCGAGGUGAUAAGGUUGGACUUUAUGUUAAACGAGGAUGUCAAAAAGGAUACAUUGAGAUUGAACUGUACAAGGGUGGUGGUAAUGUAGUGAUUAACAGAGAGAUCCAUGUGGAGAACAACCAGUCUCUGUGGAUGAUGAAUGGAAGACACUGUAACCUGAAAACAGUGGAAGAGGAGGUUAAAGCGCUGCGUAUUCAAGUCAGCAACCUCUGCCAGUUUCUCCCUCAGGAAAAAGUGGGUGAGUUUGCUAAAAUGUCCAAAAUUGAGUUGCUGGAGGCAACAGAGAAAUCAGUAGGGCCACCAGAGAUGUACGAAUAUCACUGUGAGCUCAAAAACUUCCGCAAUAAAGAACGAGAACUGGAGAAUGUUGCAAAAGAGAGGACUGGCUUCCUAGAGAAGGCCAAGCAGAGGAACGAGAGGAACAAACUUGAUGUGAAUCGUUACUAUGAGAUGAAAAGGCAUCUGGAUGUGAUUGAGCUGCUUGAGAAGAAGAAACCAUGGGUGGAGUAUGAGACCACCCGUAAAGAGCUUGAGGGAGUGAAGAAGGAGCGGGAAGAAGCCAAAAGGCAUCUCUCUGCCUUGAGGCAAUCCCAGGCACCAAUGCUGAGGAAGAUCCAGCAGAUCGACAACCAGCUGAAACCUACUGAGGCACAAAUUAGGGCAAAGACUGCUGCUAUCAAAGAAGCCUCUCUGAAGUGCAAGCAGAAACAAGAUCAGUUGGAUCGAAAAACCAAAGAGAUUGAAGAUAUUAAACAAACACUGACACUGAAGAAGACUGAGGAGGAAGACCACCAGAAACGAAUUAGCAACACCAGACGGACCAUUGAGGACCUGAAGGCAGAGCUUGCCAAAGUUGGUGACCAACCAGAUGUGACACCACAGAUCAAUGCAGUCAAUGUGGAGCUGAGAAGCAUCCAAGUAAAGAAAGCCAAUAUCGAAGCAGAGAAAUCUGACCUACGCAGGGAGAAGGACAACGUUAUAGCGGAGUGCACAGCGCUGGAGAGAAAGCUCAAAGAUAUGAACAACAUGAUGAACGCUAAAGAGGAGAAGCUGCGGGGAAAGCACAGGGACACACAUACUGCCCUCCAGUGGCUCAGGCGAAACAGACAUAUGUUUAGUGGGAAUGUGUUUGAGCCCAUGAUGCUGGUGAUUAACAUAAAAGAACAUCAAUAUGCUAAAUAUGUAGAGACCCACAUCCCAUUCCAAGACCUGCGUGCAUUUGUCUUCCAACGGAAAGAUGACAUGGAGAAGUUCAUGAGGGAGGUUCGUGAUAACCAGAACUUAAAGGUGAACUCCAUAUCUGCUCCAGCGGAAUCCUGUUCUAAGCAGCCACCCUCACGAAAUAUUGAGUCUCUUAGGCGUUUUGGGUUCUUCAUCUUCCUGCGUGAGAUGUUUGAUGCCCCCGAUGAAGUGAUGAGUGUCCUCUGUCAGCAGUACAAGGUGCAUGAUGUGCCAGUGGGCAGUGAUCAAACCAAAGCUCUGAUUAAAACGGUUAUUGAGGAGCCCUACCUCAAGGUGUUAUACACAAAAGAUGAGAGGUACACAAUUAAAAGGUCGCUUUACUCCAACAAGAUAAGUACUAGCAACUCAGCGAUCCGAGCUUCACAGUACCUCUCAAUCACUGUGGACGCGGAAGCAAAACAAGGGCUGGAACAGCAGAUGGCGACCUGUCAGUCGAAGUUACAGGACAUUGAUGAACGGAUGAAGGCCCUGCAGAAAGAAGCAGUGGCCUUGGAUCGGCAAGACAAUGAGCUGCUGGCAGAGAAGAAGCGUUUGUGUGAGCUGAAGGGCAAAAAGAGACAACUAGAGCAGAAAAUUAGCACCAAGCAGGACAGUCUGAGACAGAUGGAGCAGAGUGUUAUUGACUUGAAGACCAUUGAAGAGGAGACCAAAGAGAAAAUUGCAGCUGUCAAUUCCCAGAAAGUGACCAUAGUUGGAUCAUUUAUGACACAUAUGAGGCUGAGAGCCAAGCUGUCUAUGGAGAAGGUGCAUCUGGCCUUGGAGACAGUGGGACUGACAGCAGAGAAGGCCAAGCUGGAGAACGAUUGUAGAGAAGGCGCUUCUGAACUCACGACCACUGAUCAAAAAUGCAGCCGUCUGGAGGAGAGAAAGAUCCGUCUGACAGAACAGUGCAAAGCCCUGUUAAAGAAAGCUCAGUCAGUCUGUAGGAUGCAGCCGGAUGAGUCACUACCUAAAACACUGCGUGAUGCCUUCAGCGAGCUGCCUGACACGCUGGAUGAGAUUGAUGCCAAGCUGAAUGAGGAGCGGUCCAGAGCUGAGUGCUUCACUGGCCUCAGUGAAAACGUUGUUGAUGAGUACAACAAGAGAGAGCAGGAGAUCAAAAAUCUGGAGAAAGAGCUGGAAGAGCAGAACAAUGCUCUGAGCGCCUACCGACAGAACAUAUCAGAGGCGAAGGAACGAUGGCUAAACCCUCUUAAGCAGCUCAUUGAACAGAUAAACGUCAAGUUCAGCGAUUUCUUCCGCUCCAUGCAGUGUGCGGGGGAGGUGGACCUACACUCGGAGAAUGAGGAGGAGUAUGACAAGUAUGGGAUACGGAUUCGGGUGAAGUUUCACAGCAGCACUCAGCUCCACGAGCUGACGGCCCAUCAUCAGAGUGGAGGAGAGCGCAGCGUCUCCACGAUGCUUUACCUCAUGGCCCUGCAGGAGUUGAACCGCUGCCCCUUCAGAGUGGUGGAUGAGAUCAACCAGGGCAUGGAUCCAAUAAAUGAAAGAAGAGUCUUUGACAUUGUCGUUCGCACAGCCUGCAAAAAGACGACAUCCCAGUACUUUUUCAUCACACCAAAACUGCUGCAGAAUCUUCAGUAUGCUGAAGAGAUGACCGUCCUGUGUGUCCACAACGGCUCCUCCAUGCUGCCGCCCAACAAGUGGAAUGAGAAGACCUUCAUGAAACGGCGCUGCCAGAGAAGAGUCAGAACGUGACUCCUCCAGAUUCACCUCAACUGUCAUGUGUCACCAGUGGCAUCAACUCUAAAGUUAACUUAUCAAUAUUUGAUGUUAAUUAUAAUUUCUAACAAGAAUUCACUGUUAAGCUGUUCUGUUUCAGAUAUUCUGUUGUUCAAACCUUCUGUAAAGAUUUUAAAUAAUAGUAGUGUGUUUUUUCUUUUUCAUUUGUUUCAUAUGGGAUGGACAUUAAUAAAACAGAUGGAGCAAUAUCA